CGUAGGCACAGUGUCUCCGCAGCAGCUUCGAGUAAAUGUAAAUCAAGUAAAAAACUUCUCAACGAUGUUGUCGUACAUGACUUCAGGAUGCAAAUUUUUCCAACAACAUCGUGAAGAAUGAUGUUUCGUCUGGAGCUGCAUGACAAUCUUCAUCUUCGUGGGCACUAGUCGCUGUCCUCGCUACGUAGAAAUUCUUUACUUUCGCCCAAUCGACGACUACGCAGAGUAACAUCAACCAACCCGGGAACAGGAACAGCGCACUAAAGCAUCCAACAGAGAGCAGAUGGUGGUGCCUCGCGGCACUCCGGGUAUCUCGGGGACAUCCCCCAGCAGUUCGUCUUCAGGGCCCUAUCUCGCUUUUGGCGGCCGGCGAAAGAACAAAAUCACGGGUAAGCCGCCUUACAUUCCUUCGCGGACGAAUGACUUAGUGCAGAGCAAGCUCUGUGAAUUCUUCUUCGAGUGGCUCACAUUACCGGAAACGCACCGGUUCAUCGAGCAGUUGCUUCAAGGCACGCUGUCGGAAACAGGGAUACUUCCUGGCGACCAGCAGAGUCGAACAGCGAGGGAGAGCCUCCUCUUGGGUGCCACGACGCAGAGCUAUGGCUCGUCCAAGCCAUUGCUUCCUGACAAGGUGUUCGUACCCGCUUUUUUUCUGUCUUACUGCGACUGCGUUAAUCUUUUUGAAUAGCAGUAGUAGGAUUUUUGUGAUAGUCUAAUGUAUGCUCCUGCCAGCGAAAUAACUGAAAUAUGUGAAAAUCAUCGAAACCCCAUCCCCAGGUGCACCAGGCCGGCGGGUCCUCUGGCAGCACGGGCCCAGUCCGGGGCUCUCCGACUUCCGGUGCAACCACCGCGGAUGCCCGCGACCCGCAAAGCCCACCGACCUCGCCACAGCGAGCGAAGCAGCGGCCGAAGUUCAUAUCGCCCGAGAAGUAUAACGAGCACUUCGGGCCUAUAUCGCCAACGACUUCGAACACCACGUCCCCGCGCGGGCCCGGCGUGGCGGUUGACGUGAUGCCGAGGUUACAGUACGGAGACGGACGGCUAAGCGUGGAAUCCGGUUCGAGUCCCAGCUCGUCAUCGAGCCGAAGGCUAGAUCCUCAGAAUCAGCAGCGGGGUGAUCUUAUACAGCACCCAAUUCUGACCGGUACAACUUCUUCCGCAGGGGCGCAAGUCCUAGAUCAACACGCAGCUGCGAACAAGGGGGGUUCGCUACAAGACCACUCGUAUGCUUCUACGCAACAGGACCCAGGGGCAGCUGGUCUUCAUCUUCAACACGGCACAUCAUCAGAACAUGAGUUAGAAGCGGUGGCUACAUCGCCUCAACACGCUGCGGGUCCGCCGUCUUCUCAGCCAGAGGAACAACGAACGCAGCAACACCAGCAUGGCGCAGGAGUAGACAACUUCGAGCCGGGAGGGGGUGCGGCUGGACCGGGAGCUGACGACGAGGGCUUUGGUGGGCAACAGCAGUUCGCUGAAGGAGCGUACGAUCCCGAACAUGACUUUCACUUUUCCGCACAGGAGCAAAGCUAUCAAAUGUAAAAAUGUCUGGGUCUGGAAGAUUCUGAGACUUGUCAUGCAUGUUUUGCAUUGGCCAUGAUGUCUGUGAUGCAUGCCCUAGCAUCACAGAUUUUUUGAGGGUUUCGCGAUGCCUAUUCCGCAUGACAAAUGCCCUUUCCGCGUAGCAAAAAUUGCGUUCCCUUUGCUGCUCAUGCAAUGCAGAUUUUUUUAGAAUCCUAAAUCAGCAUGACAAGUUGGAUUCUUCCAGACCCAGACAUUUUUACAGUUCAUAAAAGCAAGCACCCGCCAAUUCCGCUGGAAAAGACCCUUGCCUACCAGCUAACCCAGCAGAGCGGCGGACUGGCGGGACUCAGCGCAGAACAGAAAGUCGAGCUCCCGCGGUUCUUCGAGCCGCGCAAAAUGCGGCCCACGGCGCUGAACGAGGAGCAGCUGUUCCAGCUGCAACGCAUUGCCGAAGAUCACUUCGCGACACCGAACAAGCAACAGCAUGUGUUUCGCAGACCCGCAGACCUGCAUCCCUUCCUCAACAAGUUCCUACAUCUCAGCAAGUACUUAGCCAAGCGGGUGUGGGACCAGCUGCUGCGAAACUUCUACGGAUCUCAGCAGCACGUGCCCGCGGAAGCCGAAAUCGCCGUCCCUCUGGAGGCGUUCGAGCAUUACUGCAGUCUGUACUGCGACCCAGACGACAACCAUUUGUCGUUUUUCUACAUCGCCCGCGGUGGCGUCGCUUUGAACGAACGAGAGGACCCAAAACUCACCAAAGACGACUUCCGGGCUUUGCUCGACACCGUGCUGCAAGAACACCCGGGAUUGGAAUUCUUGAAGGUAUUUUUGGAUGGUGCCCUCUGUUUUUGGAACUCAACCAAGAGAUUCCAUAUAGUUUAUGCGACGUCGAAGAUAUCAUUACGCAUGCGCAUGAUCGUGUAUAGACGAAUGUGAAUGGGGCGAGCACUACGAUGUGCGCACAAGCAGAAUGCUUUUCAACUCUUCUCUUCAAAAAACACUUCAGAACACCCCUGAGUUCCAAGAGAAGUACGCAGACACGGUGAUUGCGCGGAUCUACUUUAUCCACAAUGUGAAAGACGAUGGGCUCAUCAGCUUGAAUGACCUGCGGCGCCGGCGCCCAUCGAUCGUAGACACCUGGCUCGAGCUCGAUCAAAUUGAAGACAUGAAGAUGAUUCGCAAGUUCUUCUCCUACGAGCAUUUCUACGUGAUCUACUGCACCUUCUGGGAGCUCGACAAUGAUCACGAUUGCCUGCUUGACAAAGACGACCUGCUCAAGUACGAUACGCACGCUCUGUCGCGACGGGCCGUCGAUCGGAUUUUCUCCGAAAUCCCGAGAAAGUACUCUAACUCAAUCUGAAUAGUGUUGUUUCGAACUGUUUCUGUCUGUCUUCGCCCUGCUGCUAUUUUUAUGUGGAAAGUCCGUCGUGGAAUCAAUAUUUAUACAUAGCACCAUCACUUUUACUUUUUAUUUUUACCCUAUGAAUGAUUCAUUAACAAUAACAGCUACUGCUGCAGCAAUACUGCGCUGAUGUGCCUCUGGCUCGCUGUGCGGCUGCCCCCGUCGUCGUGCUUUGCGUUGAUGCGAAAGAAGAUGAAGACACUUUUUUACCGGUGUUGAUCGCAAAAAAAAAAAAUACUUCACCACAGAUUCACCUCCGGGCACGAGGGCCGUAUGUGCUACGAGGACUUUAUUUUCUUUCUCCUUUGUGACCAGGACAGGCUGAACGAGCGUAGCAUUAGCUACUGGUUUCGCGUGAUGGACUUGGACAGCGAUGGGUUUCUCCGGCCAUGGGAGCUGUUUCACUUCUUCGAGGAGAUGGCGCAGCGGUUCUCUUACCUCCAGUACGAGCCAAUCGCGUUUGCGGACAUUGCCUGUCAAGUUCAUGAUAUGUUGCAGCCCCAGGUGAAGCGCCACUUGAUGAAGGAAGAAGAGGAAAGACGAGAGGUAGGACUAGGACGUCAAGAACAGCUGCACCACAUCGCCGCUCCCUUCCAGUCGCCGCUGUUUGGCUUUCGGGCGAAUCCCGCGAGCGCAGAUUACGUCUACAGUCUGGGCGACUUUCUGCGCCAGCGAAAAGCGGCUUCGACAUUCUUCAGCAUCUUCAUCAGUCUGCAAAAAUUCAUUCAUUGGGAACACCGAGAUCCCUUUCAGAUGCACCAGACGACCGGGGACGGCCUGUCAGAGUGGGACAGGUGCGGACGUUUUUGAUAAUUUCUGCCGCCUUUGACUCAGCUUCUGAUCAGUAGUUUCGCUUUCCCUCGAGAUUUUCCCCUGAGCGAACCUGUACAUUUUUGUUUGUUCUGUCUAGGUGAAAGUUGCUUUGUAAUGCGUUCAACUUGUCCAUGUCCUAAGGUGGUGCCAAGCAGAAUACCAGCGACUGGCCGUCGAUGAUGCUGAAGAAGGUCAGUACGAGGAGCAACAGCAGCAGUUCGAGGAUAACGUGAGCACCCAGGCGCCUGGGAGUCCCGGGGAUGAGGCCGAUGAGGAAGUUAGUCCCGAAUCUGGCGCGCCAAACCAUCUUGGCCCAGGUGGAACAAACGAUGCAGACUAGAGGGCUCUAGAUGAACUCCAGUAGACAAGGUUUAUUACCCUUGGUGGUUGUCUCUCCCGCGACAUGAUAAAAUUUUAUGCCGACCGCGCCCUUGGAUCUCUCUGGCGCUUGCACGUAAGACGUAAAAACGAAAUCGCACAUCAAUCAGGCAGUUGACUUGAAUGAUUUCUUGGAGCUCGUGCGCGCACGAGAAGAGAUCUGUUCGGAGAUAUUGUGUAG